UUAAUGAUACUCCUUUAUGGAUAAUCAACCCCUCUUAUCCACCACCACCGUCACAGCCACAACCACCAUAAUAUUUCAAGACGGUAACAAUAGUACUAAUAAUAAUUCAGGUGGCAUCCUUUUGCGGUUUCUCCUAAUAAUUUCCGUGGGAAUAAUCUCCCUAUGGGCAAACUACGAAGCAUCUAAAGGCUUUGACAUUGCAAUCAUCAACGACGCCGGAGACUCUCCCGCAGGAAAACGAUUCAAGCUCUUCUACACAUCCAAUGACAAAGCCGUACGCAUACUCCAAGACGCCAGUACUGUUGUCCAAACCGUUCUCUACACAAACAAUAAGAUCCGGCCACCACCGCCGCAACACGUCACCCUCAGGCUGCUUCCUACCGAUGAGUUGAAGUUGAACAACACGGUGACGGUGGAGCCCAUAGAAAACAAUGGUUUAAUGUUCAGUAUUAAUAUAAGCCCAUCCAUGCUAUCAAUGGAGGGCCGUGAUGAUGGUGCUUUCAUCAGGACCGUUCAACGGGGGAUGGCUCGCGUGUGGGUAUUGUAUUUGUAUUCCAGGGCUCCGUCGUGGGCGGUUGAUGGUAUGGUGGAGUAUGUAAGUAUGAUGGGUGGUUUUGGUAGUACUGUUGGGGAGUUCCUGCAUUAAUUAUUAAUUAUUGUGAUCGAUCAGGGUUUGUCAAAUGUCAAUCCAAGGGUUGAUGGAUGGUUUGGAUGAUCGGACAGUAGAAGAUAAAGUAUGUGAGGCACAGGCACGGCCAUGAUGUACUUCGCUGGCAUAUACAUAUAUACAUGUUAUAUGUAUUGUGUAAUGUCUGUAGAUCUGUCCCUUCCCUUCGCCACGUGGAAGAGAAUGGUUUUAAAUAGAUAAGGACUACUACGCCAAUAAUCAAUAUCAUUUACAUGGAUUCUUUUUAAUUUUUUUGUAAAUAUAUACCAGGCAUUUGUUGUUUUCUUAAAUUUUAAAAUAAUAUUUUCGAAUUCAAAUAGCUAGGCUUUAUAUGGACAAUAAAAUCCCUUAUUUAUUGCGAGAGAAAAGAAAAAAAAAAGCACCAACUGUUUGGAGCCUUGUAACUGUAUGGGGAAUAGCCUAAUAGGAAUAGGAGUUUUUU